AUGUCAGUCCACGAAGCAUCCCGACGGUCCACGUCGCCUGGACCCCUCAAACCGAGACCGGAUAUCCCACCGAAACCACACAGCAGCUCCCCUCCUCUGGGAGACAGAGGCAGCAGUUCGAGGCUUUCUGGUGGGAAGGUCAAGAGGAUUGUGAACAAGUUUAGCAAAAAGGAGUCAAAUGAACCGAGGGAACUACCCACCAAUGGUACUGCAGGACGAACGGCAAUCAAACGGUUCAAAAGGCCGCCCACGGUGAAGCCCAAACCAGGCCGCGCCAGUCUGCAGCUUCAGAUCGGGGGACAGAAAGUGCCUCCGCUGCCUGUGAAGAUGAGCCGCAGCCUACGGGACGGGAACAGCAUCAGUGUGGAAGGAGGCCGAUCAGCGCCCGAUGGAAAGGAGGUGGAGACUCAGCUGACUGGAGGAGAUGGAGCGGAGGCGGCGCACCGUCCUCACACGCCUCUCAGUCCAUGCUGCGAGCCAAGCUGCAGUUGUGUGUGCCACCUCCAGUGGCCUGGCAUGAAACUAGUAUGGGUGCCCGUGGACGUGGAUGACGGUGGGGAGGAGGAGGAGGAGGAGGCGGAGGAUGGAGGAGGAGAGGAGGACGAGACUGAUGUGGAAGAGCAGAGGGUGGAGGAUGAGGAGGAUUGGGAGGAGGAUGUAGAGGUAGAGACGGUAGAGAAAAGGGACGAGGUGGACAGGAUGUCUGUGAUCGAUGAGAGUGACGUGUUGAAACAGGACAAGGCAAAGUUCCACCAUUGUUUGGAUGUUUUGAUCGCUGAUGGUAACAGGAGACGCUCGGACCCGGGCCCUCACUCUGUUCUCACCUCUCUCGCUGCCACUCGCUCUCAGUCUCCCCCUGUUCCCCCAAAACGUGCUCAGUCCCCACAAAUACACCACUUGUCCACCCAACACGAGGAGGAAAACAUUUAUGAGGUCACUCUUCCGGUGGUCAACCCUCCUAAAAAGACCGCAGCUGUGUGUAAGGAACUGGAUAUUCCACUAAUCAAAGUGCGCCAACCCUCCCGGUCGAAACUGUCCUACAGCACCUCAGACCCGACAUCCGAGUUUCAGACGGACACAGAUCUCAUCUCGAGCCCAGACGAAGCGCCGCCUGCCAUCCCGCCGAGGAUGCCUGUGAUCCAUGACAGUCGCAGCCCCACGCCCGUGCACCGGGUUGGCAUUCCUCUCCCCCAGCCCACACCGGAGGAGUGGCGCAACUUGCGGCCGUCGUCCCCCAGCGGUUCCACUGCCAGCGGGCUGAGCCCCCAGAGAGCCAUCACUCCGCCCCCGCUCAACCCUCACAGACCCCCACCUUCACGACCAAAGACGGAUCCCAGGAGGCUCAGUAGUGCCUCAAUGCAAUCUCUCACACAGAAAAAAGAAGGAGCGGAGGAGGACGCAGUGGAGGAACCACGUCCAGUCAGGAGCAACUCCCUCAGGAGGGAGACGUCCUUCAGCUGGGAGUCCCGGCUGCAGGACGAGCCUCUGUACCAGACGUAUCGUGCCACUGUCAUCACCAAGGAGAUCCGACGCCAGACCGUUUGUCGUAACAUCAGUAAAACUAGUGUGGACUACGCCAUGGACUGGACAGCCCGUCGCUCCGGGGCUGGUGGUGGGACUGGGACUGGAGCUGGGACUGGAACUGGGACUGGGACUGGGACUGGAGCACCCAGGGGCAGCACUGUGCCCACACCGGGCCAGAGCACCCUGUGGCAGGACCUCCCAGCUGUUCGGGAGGGAGGGGUGCUGGAGCAGCUCACCCCUGAGCAGUGCAAGUACCAGGAGAGUAUGUUCGAGGUUUUGACAUCUGAGGCCUCUUACCUUCGAUCCCUGCGAGUUCUGACCGAACACUUCCUGGACAGCCGGGAGCUGGAGGAGACGAUGAUCAUCAGAGACAAGAAAACCCUCUUCUCCAACAUCCUGAGGGUCCGAGAGGUCAGCGAGAGGUUCUUGAAGGACCUGGAGGACCGCAUAUUUAAAGACCUGGUCUUCCCUGACAUCUGUGACAUAAUCCACUACCACGCCCAGCACAACUUCCCAGCCUACAUCGACUACGUCCGCAACCAGAUCUACCAGGAUAAAACCUACACCUCGCUCUUAAAGAACAACACGCACUUUGCUACGGUCAUCACUCGUCUCCAAGAGUCGCCUAAAUGCCAGCGGCUGCCCUUCAUGUCCUUCCUGCUGCUGCCCUUCCAGCGAAUAACACGCAUCAAAAUGCUCAUUGAGAACAUCCUGAGGAGAACAAAGGAGAGGACACAAGAAGAGCAGACGGCCUCCAAGGCUUUGGCUUCUGUGUCGAAGAUCAUCGAUGAGUGUAACACACAGGUGGGGCAGAUGAGACAGAUGGAGGAGUUGAUCCAUGUCUCUCAAACGCUGGAGUUUGACAAGCUCAAGGCCAUCCCGAUCAUCUCCCAGACACGAUACUUGGAGAAGAAGGGAGAGCUGCAGGAAAUGUCCAAAGGAGGAACCAUCUUCAACAUGAGAGCAAAGUUCACCCCCGUCUACCUCUUCCUCUUCAAUGAUCUGCUCAUCAUCGCUGCCAAGAAAAGUGCCGAGCGUUUCGUGGUACUCGACCACGCCCACCGCUCUCUGGUGCAGGUGCAGUCAGCAGAUGAAGCCGGGGGCAGCGGCCCCCCCUGUGAGCAGUGCUUCAACCUCACCCUGCUGGAAAACCACCAGGGACGCAUGAUGGAGCGGCUUUUAAAAGCUCCCUCCCAGUCAGACAUGCACAGGUGGAUGGCGGCUUUCCCCAACCCCACCAACCCAGACAGAGAUGAAGAUGAAGUGAUUUAUGAGGACUGGGAUUGUCCUCAGGUGCAGUGUGUGGAGCAGUACAUUGCCCAGCAGGCAGACGAACUCACCCUGGAGCCCACUGAGAUCAUCAACGUCAUCCGCAAAACCAAUGAGGGCUGUUAUGAAGGCAUCCGCCUGUCCGACGGUCAGAAGGGCUGGUUCCCCGUAGGAAACGUCAUAGAGAUCACCAACGAGCACGUGAGGCGGCGAAACCUCAGAGAGCGCUACAGAGUCAUGCAGGCUGCGAGCAUGGUCAGCAGCGGCAAGGCCAACACCCUUAAUUAGGAUCAACGGACAAAGGAUGUUUACAUGAAAUCCUUUUUUUUUAAAGGACGAUGUGUGGAUACAAACUCUUCAGAAGUUACGAUUAUUCAGGGACUUAAUUAGUAGGAAGUGUCCGUUUCUGACAACCAGGAAAUGAAAAAUAAAAGAAGAAGUGUGACGAUUAUGAGACAUUAUAAAAGACCUUAUUUAUAACACUGGAGUACGUGAGUGUGCAGCUGGGAGCUUGUGGGAGAUCAUUUACUACCAACAGACACUAUGUGACUGUGCAUGCAUUCAAUAACAGAGAUUAGUAUCUUACAGCAUUACAGCUGUAGAGUUUACCUCUUCUUGUGAGCAUGUAGCCCUGCUUUAACGUUUCCUUGUGCACUGCACAUUUGAAAUGCCAAUCAUACUAGCCAUCGCUCAACCAGAUUGUACAUAUCAGACCUGCUGCAAAGACAAGAGCUGGGUGUUCCUGUAAACGCCUUGUGUCAUAGCUGUCACAUGCACGCACAAGUUCAAUCAUCUCGUUCUUGCCGUGCACAACUAGCUGCCAUGUGUAACUUCUGUGGCCAGAAGACAGGAUACAAUGUCUUUUUAUGAUACAAGAAAAGCUCACCCCCAUACUGAAAUGUGUUAACAUUUUAAAAGUUAUUUAUCUCACCGCAAGACAAACCUUGAAAAAAAAAAAUAAAUCUAAAAUCAGGAAGUGCCUUUGAAUAAACUCCAAACGCUACUACAGAUCAGGACUUCAGUCAGGAUCACAUCAAGCACAAGAGCUUUGAGAAAGACGUGUGUGCCGAGCUGUACUGCCGUUGUGACGUUUCAGUUGUUGUGCUGUCCACUAGCUUGUUAGCUUGUGUCAGUAGCCUUUUGUGGAAUAAUACUGUAGCUCCCCCUGCAGUCAGUAAAGGCGGGAUAUUAUUUGUGGGUACGCAGUAAAUGUACAAUAUGUUGUAAAUAAUGAGUGGGGGGGGGGGGGGGGAUUCUCUC